AACAAAAAAUUUCUCAUCAAUCAUAUCAAUUUUUUUUUCUUUGCUCUGAUUUUGUAUUGUGUGUGUUUUUUAUAUCGACAUUCCAAAUCCAAUUUAGUGGAUCAAUAGAAAUUUCAUGAACAAAAAAAAACAAAGAUGAUGAAUAUUGAUUUUCCUGAAUUAAAAAAUGAUACAAUAAUUCGUGCUGCAUUUGGUGAGAAAACUUCAUAUGUACCAGUAUGGGUUAUGCGACAAGCUGGUAGAUAUUUACCAGAAUUUCGUGAAUUUCGUCAACAUCAUAGUUUCUUUGAUAUUUGUGAAACACCGGAAUUAGCAUGUGAAGCUACAAUGUUACCGAUUCGUCGUUAUCCAUCACUUGAUGCUUCAAUCAUAUUUUCCGAUAUAUUAGUCAUUCCAAAAGCAUUGGGUAUGGAUGUUCAAAUGGUUGAAGGUGUUGGUCCGGUUGUUGAAGCAUUGGAAACACCAUCACAAAUUAAAACCAAAGUUCAUAUCGAUAAUAAUAUUGAUACAGAAUUGGAUUAUGUUUAUAAAGCCAUCACAUUGACAAGACAUACAUUGGAAGGAAAAGUUCCAUUGAUUGGAUUUGCAGGUGGUCCAUUCACUUUGAUGUCAUACAUGAUCGAAGGACAAGGUUCAAAGACAAUGUCAAAAGUGAAACGUUGGUUUUAUCAGAAUCCAAUUGAAAGUCAUCAAUUAUUAGAAAUAUUGACACAAUCGAUAAUUACAUUUCUUGUUGGUCAAGUAAAAGCCGGUGCACAAAUGUUGCAGGUUUUCGAAUCACAUGCUGGUUAUCUUGGAUCCAAACAAUUCGAUGAAUUCUGUUUACCAUAUUUGAAUCGAAUUAGCUGUGCAGUACGAGAUAAAUUACGUGAACAAAAUCUUAACGAUGUACCAAUGGUAUUGUUUGCAAAAGGUGCACAUUAUGCAUUGGAUAAAAUGUGCGACACUACAAGCCAUCAAUACAAUGUCAUUGGUCUUGAUUGGACCAUAGAUGCUGAUCGUGCAAAAACAGCAUCUAAAGGUCGUAUAACAUUACAAGGUAAUCUUGAUCCAUGUGCCUUGUAUGCCGAUCAAGAUGAUCUUGAUUAUUUAGUCGAACAAAUGAUUCAAGAAUUCGGUACUGAACGUUAUAUUGCCAAUCUUGGACAUGGAAUUUAUCCAGAUGUCAAAUGGGAAAAUGUAUCAACAUUUGUCAAUGCCGUACAUAAAUAUUCGAAAAAAUUAAUCAACAAAUAACUUUGAAAACACAAUAAUCAAUCAUAUUUUUAUUCAAAAUAAAGC